GUGGCAAGAUGGGAUCUGCCUCCUCGACUUACCGGCCCAAGUGUAUUUAUCUGGAUGUUGAUGGACGGAUUCAAAAGGUGAUCUUUAGUAAAUACUGCAACUCCAAAGAUAUUAUGGACCUCUUCUGCAUCGCAACGGGAUUACCAAGGAACACAACCAUCUCCCUUUUGACAGUGGACAAUUGCAUGGUAUCCAUCGAUCCGACAAUGCCCGCAAACUCAGAGAGGUCUCCAUACAAAGUAAUACCUGUUACCACUGGGCAGCUCUCAGAGAAAGAAGAAUUGUUUCAGAGUUUAUUGGGACAAAUUGCAGAGCAAUUCUCAAGGGUUUUUAAAAUCAAUGAAAUGAAAACGGAAGUAGCUAAUCACUUGGCAAUGCUGGAGAAAAAAGUUGAAUUGGAAGGCCUGAAAGUAGUGGAGAUUGAGAAGUGCAAGAGCGACAUUAAAAAGAUGAGGGAGGAAAUGGCAGCAAGAAGCACCAGGACUAACUGUCCCUGCAAGUACAGCUUUUUGGAUGAAAACAAGAGGCCAGCUCCCCGUCGGGAUGUCCCCUCCUACCCAAAGUACAUGCUCUCCCAAGAGACCAUCGAAGCUCUUCGGAAACCAACCUUCGACGUCUGGCUGUGGGAGCCCAAUGAGAUGCUGAGCUGUUUAGAACAUAUGUACCAUGAUCUUGGGCUAGUUAAAGACUUCAACAUCAAUCCCAUCACAUUAAAGAGGUGGCUGCUGUGCAUUCACGACAACUACAGGAAUAACCCCUUCCACAACUUCCGACACUGCUUCUGCGUGACCCAGAUGAUGUACAGCAUGAUCUCCCUCUGCAGCCUCCAGGAGAAAUUUUCCCAGACUGACAUCUUGAUUCUCAUGACCGCUGCAGUAUGCCAUGACUUGGAUCACCCUGGUUAUAACAACACCUAUCAGAUAAAUGCACGAACAGAGCUUGCAGUGCGCUACAACGACAUCUCCCCCUUGGAGAACCAUCACUGCGCCGUGGCUUUCCAGAUCAUAUCCCAGCCGGAAUACAACAUUUUCUCCAAUGUGGACCAGGACCAGUUCAAGCAGAUAAGACAGGGGAUAAUUACAUUAAUCCUGGCUACAGACAUGGCAAGACAUGAAGAAAUACUGGACUCUUUCAAGGAAAAAAUGGAAAAUUUUGAUUACUCUAAUGAAGAACACAUGACCUGUCUGAAGAUGGUCCUGAUCAAAUGCUGUGACAUCUCCAAUGAAGUCCGCCCCAUGGAAGUAGCAGAGCCCUGGGUGGACUGCUUGCUAGAGGAAUAUUUUAUGCAGAGUGACCGAGAAAAAUCUGAGGGGCUUCCAGUGGCACCUUUCAUGGAUCGUGACAAAGUGACCAAACCAACGGCACAGAUCGGGUUCCUUAAGUUUGUUCUCAUCCCCAUGUUUGAAACAGUGACAAAGCUAUUCCCAGAAGUGGAGGAGGUGAUGCUCCAGCCUCUUUGGGAAUCCAGGGACCGCUAUGAGGAAUUAAAACAGAUAGACGAUGCUAUGAAAGAGCUGCAGAAAAAGAAAAGUGAGAGCUUGACCACCUCAAGCACCGAAAAGUGAGAAGACGACGACUGUGAGCAAAGCKUAAGCCCCAAGGUCAUUUUGGUUUUUUUGGAACUAUUACCUUUGCCAAGUAGACAUGGGGACUACAUCAGCAGCGUGUCCUCCAGAGAGCUUACCAGCCACUCUGUGCCCGUAGGUCUGCAGCCUGCAGGCAUGGGCAGCGCCAUGGAAGGCAUCAACAGCUCCCCUCGCUCCAGAGCACGUGGCAGGACAGCAGGACUCAAACCCUCACCAGGUCUGCUGCCCUUCUGGGCACCUUUGGGAGUUAGACCCACAGUCUACAGAGACAAUGCGGAGUUUUCCUAAGGAUCCUCUUCUGGAAGAUGAAGUCUAAAACCAAAAAAGAACGUCAUUCAAUUCCAGAUACUGCAUACACGUGUCCAGCAGCAUGCUAAUUAUAGCAUAGCUUAACAGAUGCUUAUAUUCUGACAGGGGACCUGGCACAUAAUUUUGUUUGCCUAGUAGGCCCUAAAGACACAUUUCUCUGUAUAAUACUUUGAAUUUUAUAGUGUUCACAGUGCAGCCCAAUAUAUUGGAUGCAAAUAUUCUUUUCUACACUAGAAGAAGUCAGAAGA